AUGGAUCCAAUAAUGAUCGAAACAGAGCGUAUGUUUGAAUUAUGCGAUCAGGAAAAUAAAGGAUAUUUAACACCUGAUAAUCUUAAAGCCGUUUGCCCUCAACUUGAUGACCAGGAUAUUCAAUUCAUAUUCUCCUCUCUUGAUACGGAUGGAUCUGGACGAAUAGAACGCGAAGAGUUUUUGGGAGGAUUUCAAAGUGUUCUUUGCAAGGGUGAAAACGCAGAUUGUGCUCUUUUUCAAAAUAGAAAGCUUAUGGAUUUUCUUUCUGUGCAAAUUUAUUCAACUCGUUUGUUAGGUUUACCUGGAAUGAUGCGUCGUGCUAGCAUUGUUGAAACAAAUUGUCAGCGCAAUGAUAAUUCAUCGAACAUAAAACUUCUCGAUGAAAUUAUUUCAGCGUCCGAAAGCGAAGACACAUCGCGUCGGCGAAAAAAACCAAAUGAAGAUGUUUUCAAUUCCGAUCCAGAAGCAUUAAAAUUUGAUCUCUCAUUACCAUGCCAAGACGAUCUUCUUCAACUCUACGAACAAAUUCAACUGUGUGGAACGCCUGAAUUGUUACAUCGUUUUGAAAAAGUUGUUGGUAGUUUUUGCAAAGAAGUAAAAGAACAAAAAGAAGAAAAUAAACGACUACAAAAUAUUUUUACGAGUGAACGAGAGUCGUAUAAUCGAAGAAUGCAAGAAGUUGAAAAUGAAAUAGAUCAACAAAUUGCAUAUACCGAACGAAAAGUAAGAGAAGAGGAAGCGAAAAAAUUGGCACAAGAAAAGGAAGAAAUGCGUCUUCGUAUGGAAAAUGAAUUAGAAGAGUUGAAGCAGAAUAUUGCUCGAAUGGAAAAAUUUGAGAAAAUGCUUAAAAAAGAAAGUGAAAAAGAAGGUCAAACUACGCAAUUACGUGAAAAGUUAAAUGCUUUAGCAAUGGAAAAUCAAAGUCUCAAAUCAAAUUUGGCAGACUCGCAUUUAGAAUUGGCUGUAAUAAAAUCAGAAUUGGCUUCAGUGAAAGCUGAUUAUGAAACAAAAAAAGAAGAAAUGCUUAGUGAUAGCGAAGUAAUGAUGCAAACUGCAAAAAAAACCGAGAACCUUCAAAGGCAGUUGCAACUACUUUAUGAUGCAAAUAAAAAGUUACAUGAUACAAAUGAUAGUCUUCGAGAAGCUCUUGAACAACGGGCUUUCGCCUUCAGGCAACUCGAUUUGGCAUUUGAUGAGGCUAAUGGGCCACCUGAAAGAACAUUUCGUGUAGUGAUGUGUGGCGAUGCCUCUGUUGGUAAAUCAUCAAUCGUUAUGCGAAUUGUUAAAGGAAUCUUUUGUACGAAUCUUCCUAGCACUUUAGGAGUUGAUUUUCAUAUAAAAACUGCAAGAAUCGACGAGAAAAAUGUUGCUAUUCAGCUCUGGGAUACAGCCGGACAAGAGAGAUUUCGAAGUUUAUGUAAAAGUUAUUUCCGAAGAGCCGACGGUGCUAUUCUUGUUUAUGACUGUAUGAAUGAACAGUCAUUUCUUAGAGUGCGAGAAUGGAUUGAUACAAUAAAGGAAUCGACUCCAAGAAUUAUACCAAUUAUGGUUUGCGCCAACAAAAUAGAUUUACGAGACAAUAAAACUGGCGCGAACGAACGUCGAAAUCACGUUUCUACAGAAGACGGAUCUGCUACUGCUGCUGCUAUGGGAGUGCUUUUUACUGAAUGCAGCGCGUUAAACGGUGCAAAUAUAGAUGAAGCAUUACUUUAUUUGACCAGAGAGUUAAUGGCAACAGAAGACGUUGAAAUCAAAGGCACAAGUGUGAUAUUAUCGAGGAAGCUACCAAAAUCAUCGUGUUGCUCAAGGCGAUAG